AUGAUUCUUCUUCUUCUUCUUCUCUUCUUUUCUUUCAUCAACCUAGCAACCAGCUCUGAAUUAUGCUUUGAUUCUCACUGUACUGGUGAUUAUCAGACGAUUCGAUUCCCUUUUAGGAUUGUAAAUGGCCAACCAAAGUCUUGUGGCUAUCCUGGCUUUGAUUUGUCUUGCCAUCCCACAGGUGAACCGUUGCUUCAUCUUCCUCAUUCUGGAGAUUUCAUUGUCCAAAAUAUAGAUUAUAUGCAUCAAGAAAUAAGGAUCAAUGAUCCAGACUACUGUCUUCCUAAAAAGAUUCUCUACCUCAAUCUUUCUGGAUCACCAUUUGUCAAGAAAAACAGUCAAACUGUUGCCUUCUUUAAUUGUUCAUCUAAUUACAUACCAUAUUGGUAUAAUGAUCCAAUUUAUUGCCUAAGUAGCCAUUCACACACAGUCUAUGCUUCAUCUUCUCCAAUGCUUAUAAACAUGUUUGAAUCAAACUGUGCUAUGAUAAAAACUGUUUCAGUGCCAUCUUCAUUUUCUUAUUCGUCGAACCUGUGGGAAUAUCUUCUGUUAAAAUGGGAAAAUCCUGAUUGUGGUAGGUGUGAAUCAGUUGGUCAAAGAUGUGAAGUCAAAUCCAAUUCAAGCAAUGAAAUUCAAUGUACAGACUCUCAAGGGAGAUCUAGAGUUGGAGCCAAUGUUGUGUCUAUAGCAAUGGGAGUGGUAGCUGCUGUGAUAUGCUUUUUGGGUGUCCUGUGCUGCCUCUGUUUCAAAAUAAAUUUUCGUAGGAGAGGCAGUUCCAGCAGUAUAGCCCAUUGGACGGUAUCUUCUCAGCGUACAAGAACGAUGGGCCUAAAUGGGGCGACAAUUGAAUCCUACCCAAAAUUUGUAUUGGAUGAAAGCUUAAGCCUACCGAAGCCCAAUAACAAUGUUUGCCCAAUUUGUUUGGCCCAAUAUCAGCCGAAAGAGAUUGUGAAGAGUAUACCCAAUUGCCAACAUUGUUUCCAUGAAUGUUGUAUUGAUGAAUGGCUCCGAUUGAAAGCUUCUUGCCCUGUUUGUAGGAAGUCUCCCAUUGAAGCUCCACCCUCCAACCCUUCUUAGCACUACAUCAAUAUUUUUCUCGCCUCAUUUUUUCUUCUAAUUUGUACCUAUCCAUCUCUUGGUUUGUGAUAAUGCACUUAAAUCAACCCAUGAAAUUGGUUCUAACACUUUUGUUGAGGAACAACACCUUUAACCCAUCCAUUAACUCUUUGCUCUUCAUAAAC